AUGGAUACACAUAAGAAGAAAGUUUUAGCGGUUCCCCCUACAACUAAUGAUUCCAAAGCUUGUUGGAAGGAUCCUAUAGCGACUGAGCACUUCCUCAAAGCAUGUUUCGAUCAAGUUACCAAGGGUGAACGCAUCGGUACUAGUUUUACUAAGAAAGGGUGGAAAGACAUUGUUUCCCAAUUCAAUGCUUUAACCGGAAGGAAAUAUGACAAGCUAAAAUUGAAGAAUAGGUAUGAUAAUUUGAGAAAGGAAUGGAGAGUACGGGAUAAGUUAUUUGGGAAAGUUACUAGAUUAGGGUGGAAUAGUGAGAAGAAUACUGUUGAUGCACCAGAUGCAUGGUGGGAGAACAAAGUAUUGAUAUGUGAAAAUCCUCUUUAUGGAAAAUUUAGAGACAAUGGAUUUCCAUUUGCUCACGAAUUAACCACACUUGUCAAGGAUGUAGUGGCUAAUGGAGAGUUUUCUUUUGCACCAUCAAGUGGCAUAUUACCACCUAAUGAGUACUCGGGUAACGAUGAUGAGGAUGAGUAUUGCCCAUGCCUAAAGAAUCUUGGUUUGGAUGUGGAGGAAGGCUUGGGUGAUAGUGAAGAUGCAAGUGUUGGAGCAACAACCGAAUUUGCAAAUAUUAAUUUGAAUACUUCACAAGGAGCUUAUAGCCAAGUUAGUGGACAAAAGAGAAAGAGAGCUAGUGGUGCUGAAAAGAAAGGCAAGAAAAAAUUCACUCCCUCGGUCGCAAUAGCUGAGGCUGUUAAAGAGAUUGCAGAGACUUGCAAGUCACGAAAUGAUGCCAUAUCCAAUGCUUCUAUUGGUGAUGUGAUGGCUGAAAUCCAAUCUAUGGAUGAAGUUAUGUGUGUUCUAGAAUUUCAUACAAUGUGUUGUCAACUAAUGAUGUUUAAGCCAGCGAGGGAGAUGUUUGUAUCAUUGCGAGGAAUGGAGGAGAGAAGGUUGAUUUGGCUUAAGUUUGCAGCAUUUAACCCUUUGCCAUUUAUGAAGAUGUAACUGGAUUGACUUAAAAAUGGAAAAUGUCUCUUGGAUUUGGC